AGCGAAAGAACAACGGUUUACUUGGUUACUUGUUUACACACGUUUACUUUGUUACUAUUUAAUCUCUUGUCAGACUUGGACACUAUCUUGAUCUUACAAUAUACUUUUACAUAUAUAUAACUUAUAGAAUAGAUUUUUUUACAAUAAAAAAUGAUAGAUAAAAUAUAGCUAGCUAUAUAAUUUUACUGUUCUACUUUGUUGCAUUUUUACGAUCUAGGCAUAUCGCAUUGCUCUUGGAAUUUUCGAUUCAACCACUCAGCUCAGUUCUCAAAACGACUGUUUCUGAAGAAAUUUUCUCUCUCUUAUUAAGACCAGCUCCAUUCUGUUCAAUUUUUUUGUAAAUAUUACUUUGGCUUUUCUAAUGGCUAGUGACGUUCAGUCCAACCCGGGGCCUGUCAACCCAGAUAAAAUAGUAAUAGGCUCAUUUCAUCAAGGUCAUUCUAGAUUUGGAGAAUCAGCGGGUAGCCAAUGCAUGUGCAAUGUUUUAUGGGCCAUCUGUUACCCUUCUAUUGCGUCUGUGCGUUACUGGACUGAAUGGGAUCUUGAUCGUAUUUUGACGCUAGGGAAUGAUCUUUACGUCAGCCUAGAUUACACCAGUCAAUAUCUUGCUUUGGACUUCCUGCCCAAUUCAAUUGCAACUGAAAACGGGAAUAUUCAAAUUGAUUAGUCAGAUUCCUAUUUAUUUGAACUUUGGAGAAAUAGUACUUCCUUUCUCCGUGCCCAGGAAUAUGCCAAUUAUCUCACGCUAUCUCGCAGUGGAAACCAAGCCUAAGAAGUGAGACGAUAUUUGAACUAAUAUCGUUAUUCAGAGGAAAGUGGGUAAAUUUUACUAUUUUAAAGCGGAAGAAAAUUUCCUUUUUUACUUUCGUGGAUGAACAAUUCUCACUCACACAUUUAAAGUUCUCAGUCGCGCUGACCUAAAGACCUAAGGGCCUCUACUUGAGUUUUAAUAUUUAUCUAUUAGACACAUGCAUGGCAAUUUUGUAGGUCCCAUACCUCUCAGAGGCUUUGAUAUUGGCUAUUACUUGAAACUACCCAUAAAAAUCUCCAUAAAAUCCUUAAAAGACUGAUUGUAAUAAAUGUUAUUUUUUAAAAAAGAAACAUUGUGACAAUUUAAGUGCAUACUCCUACGCUAAAAACACAACAAAGGUGACAAAUAAAUUACGUGCACGAUCGGCAUCGGGCAGAAAUCGCAUGCCUGUGCAAAAUACUUUUAAGUGAAGUAAAAAGCACUAAAAAGGGAUUAGUUGACAAUUUGUUGGUUCCCCAGGGGCGGAUUUAGGAUUUUUAUAUAGUGGACGCUUUGUGUGUUUUUUGAUGCGUAUGUUACCACAAUGAAAUUCGCGUUAUGAUCUAAAAACGUGAAAAGUGUAUUAUGUUAAAAGAAUAUUAAUUUAAGUACAGACAGCAAAUAAAUUAUUCUUUGUAAGAAUUCCCUACACAUCUAUAUUCUUUGUUUACAUGAAAAUAUAGACUUUAUCAAUCAUAUAAAGUGUUUGCUCCACAAGCAGAAAUAAAGGUUACCAUGAGCGAUAGUGACGUCUGAAAUCUUGAAAAAGGAUAAAAAUGGUCGUCACUUACGCUUCUUUAUUAAUACUAGCCUUGCGAGCUAAUACGUAAAUCGUUAUAUAAAAACAAAGAAAGCAAAAAUUAAAUGAAAAAUUAGAAAGGAAUUUUCAUUACAAGAAUUUUGAGUGGGAUAUUUGAAAAAAUUAUUUAUACAACAGAAAUAUGCACCAUGUAAAUAAAUACUAUCAUUUUUUUAGAGCGGCAGCAGACAUGAAAGAGGAGUAUCAGACCUAUCACUCUGAGACCGAUAUUCUGGAAACGGCAUUUGUUACACAAUUCUGUUUCCAUAUUGCCGUUUCGAUUGAUCUGCAUUUACAUUCAAACUUCCAUGCUUCACAAAAUGUUAACAAAAAGAUUUUGGAGAACUUUCCUCGUAAUGAAAGAGAACUUUUUGCAUCAAUAUCUCCUCAUGAUGUUACUGAUGAAUUUACAGGAAAUAAAAACUUAGAUGUGUCAUCAAGAAAGUCAUUUAUAAUCCUAAAAAUACAAGAUUCUGCUCUUUAAUGGAAAUGCUUGCUCUUGCAACAGUUAUUGGGAAAGUAUUAAAACCAUAUACCCUCAUGAUAUAGUUGACAUCCAUGGAAGAAGUACAGAAUAUACGAGCAAGAACAAGUACAGAAUAUACGAGCAAGAACAAGUACAGAAUAUACGAGCAAGAACAAGUACAGAAUAUACGAGCGAAUGUAUAACUAUUAUGGGUGAGGUGAGAAAAAUGCCUUGGAAUAUUAUAAAAAGCGAAGCCAUUACUAAAUUUUCAUUGUCCUAAAAACUCAUACUUUUUAUUUAUUCAUAGCUACUUAACAUAUUGUAACAUUGUCUGGGCUAGCACUAAUCAUUCUACACUUACAAAAAUUUACAGUAAACAGAAGCACGCAUGUCGUAUAAUAUUUGGCAAGGACAGAUACACCACAGCAGAACCGUUAUUGAGAAAAAUAAGGGCCUUGAGUAUCUAUAAAUUGAACAUACACCAGGUUUUGUUAUUAAUGCAUAAAAUUAGAUAUGGCAUUGCACCCAAGGCCUUUACAAAUCAGUUUCUAGAAAUAAAACACAGGUAUGACACAAGAUAUUUAAUAAACAAUUUUAACAUUCCAAAGAUCUUUCUAGUGACCACUCGAUACUCAAUAUCUUGUCGUGGGCCAUUAUUAUGGAAUUUUACACAAUUUUAGAUGAAGACAAAAAAACUAUUUGCUUGUUGACGCAUUUUAAGAAAACCACAAAGCAUUUCUUGUUAUUUAUUUAGAUUAUUCGCGAUAUUUUUAGUAUCGCAUUUUUCUAGAGGUAUUGUAAAUAUUUUUUCUUUACGGUAAUUUUAACCUCCUCUCUUUAACCUAUCUCAACGAGAUGAGGCUUGAUGAUAAGACAAAAUAUGUCUUUUACUUGCUCCAGUCAUUAUUUGAUUGUAAACACGAACAAACAUGUAUAAAAAAAAGAAUUAUUCUGACGAAAAAUAUAUAUACACAACAUGUACCUCCAACCACCAUGAAAAAAGACAAAAUGUCAGCAACAAUGAAUUUAAAUGGCAAAGGUUUAAGAGGAAGAAGUAAUUUAUUGCUUGUGCUUUUAAAAGAGAAAGUUCUAUACAUUGCAAGUAAACAUUCAGCUUUAUUUGUUAAAAAUAAUUAAUAAUGCAUUUUACAUAUUCUU